GGCGCUCGGCGUUGGGGGCGGGCCGUCCUGGGACCCGGCCGGGCCUGCAGUGCGCCGAGGACGCCGCGCGAGAAUGUACCGGCUCCUGAGCCCGAGCCUGGGCCGAGGCCUCCUGCGGGCCGCGGGGCGGCGGUGCCGGACCUGCUCGGCGCGCCUGCUCCCGGGGCCCGCGGGGGGCCGGGCGCCUGAGGUGGCGGUGCCGGCAUUCCGAGUCGCGCCGCGCGGCGGAGGCCCGGGCCUGCUGCCGCUGCUGGCAGCGCUCGCCUGGUUCUCGAGGCCCGCUGCGGCAGACGAGCAGGAGGAGCGGCAGGGAGCGGGCGGGGCCGCCGCCGAGGGCGCGGCGGACGAGACCGAGGCCGAGAUCAUCCAGCUGCUGAAGAGAGCCAAGUUGAGCAUCAUGAAAGAUGAGCCAGAAGAGGCUGAGCUGAUUUUACAUGACGCUCUUCGUCUUGCCUAUCAGAGUGAUAACAAGAAGGCCAUCACUUACACUUACGAUUUGAUGGCCAACUUAGCAUUUAUACGGGGUCAGCUUGAAAAUGCGGAAAAACUUUUUAAAGCAACAAUGAGUUACCUGCUUGGAGGGGGCAUGCAACAGGAAGACAAUGCAAUAAUUGAAAUCUCUCUAAAGCUGGCCAGUAUCUAUGCUGCUCAGAAUAGACAGGAAUUUGCUCUUGCUGGCUAUGAAUUCUGCAUUUCAACUCUAGAGGAAAAAAUUGAAAGAGAAAAGGAAUUAGCGGAAGACGUUUUGUCAGCCCUGGCAGUAAAUGACACCACCAUUCACAAAGUUACGCUAGCCAAGAACCUGCAAAUCACCUGUGAUUCCUUCCUCAUUCUAGAUGUGCAAGAGAAGGCCAGCACCCACCUCCUCCUCGGCAUGUGCUUGGACACCUAUGCGCGCUACCUUCUGUUCUCCAAGCAGCCGUCACAGGCACAGAGGAUGUAUGAAAAGGCUUUGCAGAUUUCCGAAGAAAUGCUGGGAGAAAGACACCCACAGACCAUCGUGCUGAUGAGUGACCUGGCGACCACCCUGGACGCGCAGGGCCGCUUCGACGAGGCCUGUGCGUAUGUGCAGAGGGCGUCCGACCUGGCCCGGCAGAUCGAGCACCCCGAGCUGCACAUGCUGCUCAGUAACCUGGCCGCCAUCCUCAUGCACCGAGAACGAUACGCACAAGCAAGAGAGAUCUACCAGGAGGCGCUAAAGCAAGCGGAGCUGAAAAGAGACGAGGUUUCUAUACAGCACAUCAGGGAAGAGCUGGCCGAGCUGUCGAGAAAAAGUAGACCUUUAACUUAAUUUUACGAAGCGCGAGAUCCCUUUUUGUUGUAGGGAAUUUUCAGCAACAGCGAUUAUUCCGGUCUCAGUGAUACCCAAAUCAGUGGCUUAGAUCCUUUCUCCUUGAUAUUCAAGUUUUGUCAGUGUGGCUGUGGUGAAGGACAAGUUGUAUACACUGCCACUUUGUGUUUUUAAAGGAAAAACAACUCUCACCCCUGGCUGGUUUUGCCUCUAAGGACAGAUGUCAAGUGAUGCUUUCAGUCGUGACCUCUGAGAGGGGCCAGGCGCGCGGGUCUUGGGGGCACCGUGAAUGGCGAGGGGCCGGGCCGCCGUCGGCUGGGCGUGCGGUCAGCCAGCAUCCGCGUCCUGGUGAUUCCGACCCAUUGAUUCCCUCCCCUGUCUUUCGUUUUAUCGCUGUCGGGCAGAUCAGAGUGACCUGUCUCGUGGCGAAGGGGGAUUGUGGUGAGUUAUUUUCCUUCUCCCUUUCAUGAAGCCCAUUGUGGGGUGUAACGCGUAGUGGAGCAAAAGUCUCGUCUUGGUUUGCACCGGCGUCCAGCAUGACGUUUGGAAGUAGGAGUUUUAGGCCCUUGGAAGUAUGCCCAUUUAAUGAUAAAUAAAAGUGAACUGUGUGUUUUUAUAUCUGGUUACGUACGACCGUGAGGAAGGCGAACAAGGAGGGACGUGGACUCUUCUCACAGCUGGUGGAGCACUCCACUGCCUGUGUAGCCUCGGGCCCUGCACCUGCCCAGGCUGCAGCCCCCGGCCUCAGGGUAGGGCCUUACACAUGUGACCUGUUAAACCCACCCCCCCCCCCACCCCCAGCAAUUCCGACAGGCACUGCUGGUGCAGUAGCAGGAUCACUGACCUGGUCCUGAUCCUGGCCUUUCGUAUCUGCGUGUGUAAAGCAGGGGACCGAGGAGAUUUUCCUGCGGCCGUGGGAGAACGUACCCGGUCAGAGGACCGUAGGUGUACAGACUACUGUGUGGAAAGAGCCUUACCCCGCUGCCGCAGAGUGCGCACAGUCGAAACCUGCGGGCUAGGGAGCCAGGUGUGCUCACCGCCGAAGGCUCGCAGGGAGCCCUUCGCCCAGGGGAAAGGCGAUUUUUGUAGGUGCCGCGAAGGAGCAGUUGUUGGUAAGCCUCUGCGGAUGGGGGUGUGAGUGGGAAUGAUUAAACAGAUAUUUUUGUUUCCUGUGUACAUAUUGGAAGAAUCCUUUCAUAAUAAACUAGAGACUCUACAACAA